AUGGCCAGCAUGCCGUUCGUCAGCGAGGGGAAGUGUGUGAGCGUGGAGUGGGACUUCCUCCAGGGACUACUGGCCAAGCCACCCACGCUACCAUGCCUGCAGAACCUGCGUAAGGAGAAGUCUCGUAACGCGGCUCGCUCCCGGCGCGGCAAGGAGAACUUCGAGUUCUUCGAGCUGGCCAAGAUGCUGCCGUUGCCGGGGGCGAUCACGAGCCAAUUGGACAAGGCCUCGGUCAUCCGGCUCACCAUCAGCUACCUGCAUAUGAGAACCUUCGCCAGCCAGGGAGACCCGCCGUGGACCAGCCUCAUGGAGGGAGAGAACAGCUGCAGCAAAGCUGUCUCUUCGCUGGAUGGCUUUGUGUUCGUGGUGAGCAAGGAAGGACGAUUCCUCUACAUCUCCGAGACCGUCUCCAUAUACCUCGGACUGUCACAGGUGGAGUUGACGGGCAGCAGUGUUUUUGACUACAUCCACCCCGCUGACCACGUGGAGAUGGCCGAGAGGCUGGGCCUUAGGCCACACCUCCGGGCGGAGGCGGGCUGCCAAACCACCAAUGAGAGCCCUUCCAGCUCGGCAUCCACUCCCUCAUUGGCUGGAACCCCUGAACCAGGUCCCUGUAGUCCUAUAACCCCAGGUGAUGAGUUGCUGGAGAGAGGAUUCUUCAUCCGCAUGAAGUCCACUCUGACCAAAAGGGGCCUACACGUCAAGUCAUCUGGAUACAAGGUGAUCCACGUGACCGGCCGGAUUCGCUGUCGCCCGGCGCUGGUGCCCAGCUCCGCCCAUCGCUCACUGCAGCGGCCAAUGGGGUUGGUGGUCCUGGCCCACACGCUCCCGCCCUCCACCCUCAACGAGGUGCGCAUGGAGAGCCACAUGUUCGUGUUCCGCGUCAACAUGGACCUGCAGGUCACCUACUGCGAAAACAGGAUCUCUGAGUAUAUGGACCUGAGUCCGGCGGAGGUGGUGGGCCAGACCUGUUACCACUUUAUACAUGUGGAGGACCUGGAUAACAUCCGACAGAGCCACGAAGACCUGCUUCGUAAGGGCCAGGUUGUGACUGGUUAUUAUCGCUGGCUGCAGAGGAGAGGAGGGUAUCUCUGGGUGCAGUCCUGUGCCACAGUCUCCAUCAACCACAAGGCGCCCCACGAGAGGAACAUCAUCUGGGUUAACUAUGUCCUCAGUCGUACGGAGAUGCCAGACAUGGCUCUGGAUCUACUACAACUCCCAGAAGGCCUCAGGGCAGAGCGGCUGGAGAGGGCAAGCUCCUCCCCCCACAGCAUCUCCUCAAAGGGAUCAGGAGUAUCACAGACGCUGAAAAGCAGCAAGCUGGAGGCGGAGCUAAAACACAGGGAAGCCUACGCCCACUCAGCUGCCGCCAUCCAAUCAGACGAGAGGAAGAAGCGAGCGCGGCGACACAGCCCCUCCCCUGACGACAGGCCGCCUCCCACCAUUCGCCGACGCCUGCAGCAGGAGUUCCGCCCCCAUCGCGCCGACAGCCCUGUCGCCCCUUCCUCCGAGCCAGGGAGCGAGAGCGAGGGAGAGGAAGAGGAGGAGGAGGAGGAGACUGAGCGAGAGGCCCCCAGCCUGGGCAGUAAUGGCGGGGUCAGUGGGGGUGUCAAUGGUGGUGGUGGUGGUGGUGGUGCAAGUGUAGGUGUUGUAGGGAGCUCGGUGUCCACAGGGGGGCGCUGGUCCUCCUCCUCCCACACCCCCACCCCCGGGAGCUUGGCCGAGGCCAGCAGCCCCCCCAGCAGUAGCACCCCAGCUGCCGCCUCAACCUCCGAGCACCCCCCCACCCUAAACCUCACCGACACCCCUCCCAAACCCCCCCACCUCUACCCCCCGCCGCCCCCACCCUCCGUCUCGCCCCCGUACCACCACCACCACCACCACCACCACGGCCUCUGGCCACCCUCGCGGGGACAGGACGAUCGCGCCGGGGGGGUGUUGGGGUGUGUCAGUGUUGGUUGGGGGUUGGGAGGUGGUGGUGGCGGGGGUCGCUCGGCGUCUGUGGCGGCGGCUGCGGAUUUCGACCUGCUCCAGAGACUGACGGCUGCGGCGGCCGCGGCGGCAGCCGGAGCAGGGGCUGCGUCAUCGGGUCGCGUGCUGUUCCACCCCCUGGCACUCGCCUCCGCCGGAGGCCCCCCCCAGGGGCCCCAGAGCCUCUACGCCCCCAGCACGAUACGCUACGCCCCCCCAGAACUGCCCCCCCAUCACCCCCACCACCCGCACCACCACCACCCUCACCACCCGCACCCCCACCCCCACCCGGCCGCGGCCUUCUUCCCGCACCUCCAGAGGAUCGCCGCACUGCCCCCUUUCAGCGGCUUUUCGGCCAGCGAGGCGGCUUUCUCCGGGGGGCUGCCCUUCUGCAUGAGCGGCCUGAGGGGGGCGGCGGGACCCGAGGAGGACUGA